GCAGGUUCAGUGUUCGUGUAGUGGUAGUUGUUUGUUGAUUAAAAUAUGGCUGCAGUGUACAAACGAAAUCUGCUGAUAGAACGCCAAAAUAAAGGUCAUAAUAUGGACAAAAGUUUGCGGAGCGCGUAGGAGCGUGGGCGGAAACAGUGGCCGUUUUGUCUUCGGAUUUAUUUCCAUCUUAUAAUUUUGUUUGUAGCCUUAUUUUCGUUUUCCGAUCCAACCAACUAACUACUCUAUACUAUGUCCCGUCGUGUCCAAUGGUCUUAGUGCUGGGGCUUUUAAUCGCAUUCGUGCAGUUUAUUGACAGUGUUUUGUUUGCCUAAUUUCCAUUGACCACCUGGUUUUUGUUGCCCUUGGAUGUGGCUCAAUUUCCAAUGAGAAUGCUAUGGAUGCACCAAACACUACAUCGUAUUCUGUAAGUGAGAGCAAGGAGUAGUCCACAUGGAGGGACUGCAGCUGUAAUUGACAAUUAGAUAGAGCCAGGUACGAAGAAGAGCUCGACGGAUGCCUCCGUUGGUUGAGCAUCAUUAUCAUUCUUUUGAGUCCAUGGAAUCAAAUCGAAAUGGAGACAUGGUCAGCUCGGUGCACAGUGAGCGUACACAGGGAAUCCGGAACCCCGUCACUCCUUCCCUCUACAACGCCUUGUACGACUAUGAGGCCCAGGGCGAGGAUGAGCUGUCCCUUAAGAAGGGACAAAUUGUUGAAGUGUUAUCGGUGGACGCUAAGAUUUCGGGCGACGAGGGUUGGUGGACGGGAAAGAUCGGUGAUAAGGUAGGGAUAUUUCCGUCGAACUUUGUGGCGGAGGAUGACCCAAUGGACCGUGUGAACUCGAUAAUAAGUGAUAUACAUCCCAUCGAAAUUAAUUUUAACGAACUCGAGCUGGAGGAAGUGAUCGGCGUCGGCGGUUUCGGGAAAGUGUACAGAGGCUUGUGGAACAACCGGGAAGUGGCGGUCAAAGCGGCAAGGCAGGAUCCGGAUGCGGAUAUCUCAUUGACCCUUAAGAAUGUCGUCAACGAAGCGAAGCUCUUUGAACUCCUGGACCACGAAAACAUCGUAUCCCUCGUGGGCGUCUGUCUUCAAGAGCCCAAUAUGUGUCUUGUGCUUGAGUAUUGUCGCGGUGGUUCUUUAAACAGGGUGCUUGCCGGGAGGAAGAUCCGGCCUGACGUACUCGUCGAUUGGGCCAUACAAAUCGCACGAGGCAUGGAUUAUUUACACUGCGGGGCACCUAUCUCUCUUAUUCAUAGAGACUUGAAAAGUUCAAAUGUACUGCUUAGUGAUACCAUCGAGAACGACGGUCUUCAGUUCAAGACUUUAAAGAUCACUGAUUUCGGUUUGGCCAGGGAGGUUUACAAGACGACUAGGAUGUCUCAGGCCGGAACGUACGCCUGGAUGGCGCCCGAGGUCAUACGAAAUUCGACUUUUUCCAAAGCCAGCGAUGUUUGGAGCUAUGGCGUCCUUCUUUGGGAAUUACUGACUGGGGAGACGCCCUACAAAGGGAUAGACACAUUGGCCGUGGCUUACGGGGUCGCGGCUAAUAAACUCACCCUUCCUAUACCGAGCACGUGCCCUCAACCAUGGAGAGAACUCAUGGAAGCAUGUUGGGAAUCGGAUCCACACCGAAGGCCUUAUUUUGUAGAUAUUUUGGGUAAACUGGACAGUAUCGUGCAUUCAUCUUUUACCCAAACGCCACACGAGAGCUUUCACACAAUGCAGGACAACUGGAGGCAGGAAAUCGAGGAAGUUCUCCUAGAAUUGAGGCGGAAGGAAAAGGCUUGUAAAUCAUUUGAAGAGGAAUUGAGAAACCGGGAGGAGGAUUUGAAUAGGGCGCAGUUGCAACAAAGAAUGCACGAGGAACAGCUGAGGCAAAGGGAGCAGGAGCUGCAAGCAAGGGAAAUAGAUUUGCUGGAGCGAGAGUUGCAUUUUAUGAUUAAAUUGCAGACCCCGACUCCAAUCAAACGGAAAGGAAAAUUUAAACGGUCCAGAUUAAAGCUUCUGAAGAAGGAGCCUGGUUCAAAUAUAAGUUUUCCAUCGGACUUCAGACAUACGAUUACCGUUCAGCACACAACCGAUCACAAGCCUUUGAGCAGCGUGAUAUCACCUAAUAGCCCUCCUGGAUCACCAGCGAUCACAAGACUUAGAGCCAUUGCCCUGCCAGCGGAUGGAGUAAAGGGAAAGACUUGGGGUCCGAGUACAUGCCAUCAACGCGAAAGAAGUCAGAUACCAUCGCUAAGGCCGGCGCCGAGGCCGGGCGGAGCGUGGUCAAAGAGUGCGCCCAACUUAGACAAGUCGAGGAACGCUCUUAGUCGCCUUCAGCCUGAUAUAGGAAUUCUUACUGAAGAAAGCCUUCCCAACAUUGCCUAUUUCACGUCACCCGAAGAUUGGGGUCCCGAGUAUCCGAUUCCCGGUUCAAUACGACACAAUGUGCCUAUGCCUACGCUUUACAGUGCAGAUGGGCUGAAACUGAAACCAAAAUUGGGGAUCGUCGAAUUGGUCCUUUACAAUAUUGCAGCUAUGCUGGCUGGAGUCGCUUCUGGCUACGACGUACGGUUAUCUAAUAUAUCACCAUUGCAUCCUAAGCUGCAACCAAACAGAUCGGAAGGUAAUGAGGUGCAACCUUGGAAAUCCGCGGAAACUCAAGACUACGAAUAUUCGUCGUCGAGCGGUUAUAGCCACAAUACAUAUCACGGUCCUACGAGACAUCAUCGGCCAAUGCUGACUGGUUCUCAGCUGAUCGCGUUACAUCACGAAGAGCAGAAACCGCUCAGGUUCACCGAUUCCCCUCAGCAUCAUCCGAACAUUACGCCAAAUCCAUCGCCUCGCCGAAAGUCUAGCUCAACGAGCAACGACGGUUCCGAACUGUAUAUAUCUCCUCCGUACGAACGAGCAGCUACGAUUUACAUACCUGGUGAUUACCACGGCUGCCAGACGGACAGCAAUCAUUGUUCAACUUGUUGCCAACGCUCAGACACCUACAGGACUGAAACUAAUUUAGGAUAUAGUUACCAUCCCCAAGACCCCGCGUACGGUGGAUACAGUUCGGAGUACAGCGGUACAACCACCACGAUGUACGGUUACGUAACCGACUACGCUUACGAUAACCCCAGCAGCAUGAGCAGCGGUUCGAGGACACCACAGAGAUUACCAAUAAACACGCAUAGAAGAACGCCUUCCAAUGUGUCUAACGCCAGUUCGACUACCACCAGCGGUUCAAAUAUUAAUCCUAGCUUUAAACUGGAGGAUGACUAUUCGUUCAUUCGUCGACAGGAAUUCGAUUACGCGCCGUUCACACGACAGAACUCGCACGAAUUGGAACGACCGACGACCCUCGAAUCUUCCGGAUUUUUCAAGCUUAGAUCUAGUCUGAAGAGGAACAACUACCAAACGACUCAAGGCCAUUCAGGUGGAAAUACUCCCACAAACCCCACGCCUCCCGAUAGCUUGACCAGCGACGAUAGCUCUUACGUUUCCGCUAAGGAUAGCAACAAUUCAGUAAGCCGCGUUAGGUUUUCGCCUAUUUUGAUGGACAUAAAUAUGCCUGGACAGAAUCAAGAUGCGACGAUACCAAUCACAGCUACGAGACGAACCAGACCCAGGCCUACCCUAGCCGACAUGGAAAGAGAAUUCAUGUCGUAAUAAUAUGUUCGACGCUUCUAAUUUAAUUUAUUAUGUGCAAGUAUAGAGUGAAAUGAAAAAAAAAUAUGAAAAAAGGAAGGAAGAAACAAAUUGGAAAAUUAUUAUAUAUGUACAUAAGAGUUACCUUUUUAUAUAUUAUAUAUUAUGGAGAAAAGUAAAGAUGAAGCACGUUUUUAAUUGGAAUUUAAACAGUGCUUUAGUGCUCAAUACUCACGGUUCAGUGACGUAACAAACUGAACUUAGCGGUGGUUCUACAUCACGCAAUCCAUGGUGCCUGUUCUUCAUGCAGUUAUUAUUUUUAAGUGAUAUUUAAUAUAUUGUAUAACUUCAUAGUCAUUCAUGUGCAAUUUAAUUUUUAA